AUGAUAACAAAUAAAGUUAAAUAUAACAAAUUUAAUCGUCAACUAUAUGAAAAACUUUCAUCUACUAAUAGUAUAAAAAAUUUAAAAUAUAUAAAAUUAAAUAAUAAUAUACGUCGUAUAACAUUUGAUAAAAAUUUUGAUUAUAUUAAAAUACUUCAUAAACCUUCUUCUUAUUUUAAAUUAAACAAUAAAAAUCUCAUAAAAACAAAAAAAAAAUUAAAAUCAGGUUAUUUAAUUUUAUCAACACCUUUAGGAGUAAUGACAGAUAAAAAAGCUAUAUUAUAUGGUAUUGGCGGUACUGUAUUGUUAUAUAUUAAUAAAACCCUUAAUGAAUAA